AUACAACCCUUUGCUACGACCACGGUGGGGCAUAGUGACAUUUGCUUCAAUUUGAUACCCUUCCUCCUCCCCUCCCCGGUCGCCCUUCGCCCACCUUGUCAUAAUCGCCCACUCAUUUGACGCGUGAACGUCAGCAGUGCACACACAUAUAUAUAGAAGAAUGAAGAAUCCUGUGAUAUGAGUCUCUGACAGCCGUUGACAGCUGUUGACUUCCUCCGAGGGAAUAGCGACAUUUUAAACGCGGGGUCCCUUGUAAAAAAAAUGGGAAGCCAACAUCGUUUCGUAUCGUUCGUCUGCCUCGUCGUGUUCGUCGCUCUCGUGAACAGUCAUUCGUUGAAUAGAUACGAGCAGGACGAUGACUACGUCACCACAUCGUACACGCAUUACGACGAGCUGCAACGGCUCUUGCGCUCCCUGGAACAAAGGUACCCGCGUUUGGCCCGGGUGAUUUCCAUCGGCAAGUCGGUAGAGGGUCGGGAUCUCCUGGUGCUGGAAAUUUCGGAAAAUGUCGGUCAACGCAGUCUCGGCGAGCCCAUGGUCAAAUACGUCGCCAACAUGCACGGCGACGAGGCUGUGGGAAGGGAGCUGCUCAUCAUCCUCGGCCAGUAUCUCCUGGACCGAUACGGCAAAGACGACCGCAUCAGUCGGCUGGUGAAUCAGACGGACAUUUACCUGAUGCCAUCCAUGAACCCGGAUGGUUUUGAAAAUUCAUUGGAAGGAAAAUGCGAGUCCAAGGAGGACUUUUCAGGCAGGGAAAAUGCCAAUCGCGUCGACUUAAAUCGGGAUUUCCCCGAUCAAUUCGAUAGAAGAUUGAGUCAAAUUAAGAAGGGCGUCUCUAUACUAAAUGGUCGUCAGAAUGAGACGGUGGCUAUGAUGACAUGGAUCUCCAAUGAACCUUUUGUACUCUCUGGGAAUCUUCAUGGUGGUGCUGUAGUUGCCAGUUAUCCAUAUGAUUCUGGUAUUCCAAAAACAUGCUGUAUAGAAAGUAAAAGCCCGGAUGACAAAUUAUUUAAAUAUCUUGCCCAUGUUUAUGCGGACAAUCAUCCAGAUAUGCAUAGAGGUGAUGCUUGUCCACCAGAAAGAUUUCCAGGUGGUGUUACAAAUGGGGCAUAUUGGUAUGAAGUAAUUGGUGGAAUGCAAGAUUACAAUUAUGCCCGUUCUAAUGCAUUUGAGAUAACAUUUGAAUUGAGUUGUUGCAAGUAUCCACCUGGUUCAACAAUACCAGAUCAAUGGCAAUUAAAUAAAGAAUCUUUGAUUAAAUAUUUGGAGCAAGCACAUAUCGGAAUCAAAGGUUUUGUACGCAGUACAGACAAUGAUAAUCCAAUUGAAAGAGCAAACAUUGUCAUAAAGGGAAUAAAUCAUAAUAUAACAACCACAACUGAUGGCGAGUAUUGGCGUUUACUACUCCCAGGAAAUUAUUCAGUUUAUGCUACUGCAUGGGGAUAUGAAUCCAGUGAACCAGUAAAUGUGACUGUAUUAGAAGGAAAUCCAACAAUUCUUAAUUUCACAUUAAAUCGCAGAGAAAUAUUUGAUGAACAAGGAGAAGAAAGUACCAUUGAUGAAGUAGUAAGACCCAUCGACAAAUAUGGCUUUUAUCACACCGUGGAAUUCAAACACCACAACUACUCUAUGAUGGAGAGAUUCUUGAAGGAGCUGAAUGCGAAUUAUCCAAAUAUCACCAGGCUCUACAGCAUAGGCUCUUCCGUGCAGGGUCGCGAGCUCUACGUUAUGGAAAUCACGAAAAACCCCGGCAAGCACAGUUCCGAGAAACCUGAAGUGAAGUAUGUCGGAAAUAUGCAUGGAAACGAGGUGGUAGGUCGAGAGAUGCUGCUGCUGUUACUGAGGUAUCUUUGCGAAAAUUACGGCACCGAUGAGAGAGUCACGCGACUAGUAGAAACUGUUAGACUGCAUGUAUUACCGAGCAUGAAUCCCGAUGGAUACGAAAUUUCCAAGGAGGGUGACGUUUACGGAAUCAAGGGCAGAGCGAACGCGAAGGACGUGGAUCUCAAUAGAAACUUUCCCGAUCACUACGAAAUUAACGAUUUUAAUCGGCAUCAGGAGCCCGAGACUGAGGCGAUGAUGAAGUGGAUAGCGAGGAUUCCAUUUGUACUCUCCGCUAAUCUUCAUGGAGGAGCGUUGGUUGCGAAUUAUCCUUACGACAGCGGUUCGCAGGAAUACGUCGCGAAUCCAAGCCCGGAUAAUGAUGUCUUCAAGAUGUUGGCGCUGACGUACUCCAAAGCUCAUCCGCACAUGCAUCUCGGAGAACCAUGUCCGCCGUUGGUGAAAGGCAGGAAAUCGCUUCUUGAGGAACGCUUCCCUGACGGAAUAACAAACGGCGCCGCCUGGUAUCCCGUAUCCGGUGGCAUGCAGGAUUACAAUUACUUGCACAGCAAUGAUUUCGAGAUCACUCUGGAAAUUGGAUGCACAAAGUUUCCGAACGCCAGUGACUUGCCGGAAUACUGGCUGGAGAACAGGGAGCCCCUUCUACGUUUCAUCGAAAUGUCUCGCAAAGGCAUACAUGGUAUAGUGAGCUCAUCUAUUGGUACUCCUAUACCCCAUGCGAGGAUCUCGGUGGAAGGUAUAAAGCAUGACAUUUACACCACCGAGGCAGGUGAUUAUUGGCGAUUGUUGGUACCGGGACGCUAUAACGUGACUGUCAGCGCGGUAGGAUAUGAAAGCCUCACACAGGAUGUCAACGUAUCUCCAUACGGUGAAAAAAUUGGAGACGGAGAGGCGACUUUGUACUUUACGUUAAUGCGCGAUGAUCCUCUACACUGGUCAUCCGCAUAUGAUUUUGGUUUGAGAGCAAAUUUGCAGAGUGGUUACUUGACAAAUUCUGACUUGAGUGCCAGAUUCAGUCAAUUAGAAAAUCAUCAACCUAAUGUUGCGGAAUUUAUAGCCGGUGACUCAUUGAUUAGCAUGGCUAUUCAUUCGCUGAAGAUCACGCAUAAUAUGGGAUCACCUGACGAGAAUAAAUUUCAUAUCGCGUUGGUGGGAGGAUUGUUCGCCUCCCAGCCAGCUGGUAGGGAGAUCCUAUUACGUUUGGCCACGCAUAUCCUCAUGGGAAAUAGAAUUGAGGAUCCGCCAAUCCAAAGGAUACUAGAUAAUGCUUUACUGCAUUUUAUUCCCGGUAUCGAUCCGGCAUUCGAUAAUAUAGAACAAAGUAAGAAUUGCAAUCCUGUGGUCAGAAACGAAGUGGGAAAUAAGUUGUUAUCAGAGAACACUAAACAAACGGAUAUAAUUACGAAUGCGUUUGAGAAAAUGUUACAGACCGAAGAUUACGACGUCGUCGUAAUAUUAGGAGGCGGGGCAUCGCAAAUCAGUUAUUCCAAUGACGACCUAAAUAUAUUUAAAACACUUGCCGAGAAUUACGAGCAUUCAAGACACAAAGAAAUAUGCAGUUAUCCGAACAACAGUACACAACGCAUGACGAAUUUCAUACAGCGUGUAUACGGUAUACCUACGAUGAGCAUAAGUUUGUCGUGUUGCAACUAUCCGCCCGCAGACUCGAUCUCUAUCAUCUGGCGUGAGAAUCUAGGACCACUUAUGGAACUUGUGCAGAAUCUUGCGAGCGGAAUUCGCGCGAUGGUAAUGAAUGAAAGUGGCGCGCCACUUCGUGAGGCCAGCAUUAAGCUAGGAGAAAGAAGUUACAACGUGUCGCGUAACAUGGCUUAUUUCAAGAUGAUAUUGGUACCUGGCGAGUAUACAUUAAUUGUUUCCUGCAAGGGAUACGACACACAAAUGUUAAAGGUUUCUGUGCAACAGCAAAAUGUAACGGACAUCGAUAUUAGAAUGAACGCGACGCAGCUUGAUGCAGCAAAUCGCAACGAAGCGUUUGAGAAACUGAGUUUCGUAAAUCAAGCCUUGAGCGAUUUGAAUACCAAGUAUCCGCACAAAACGACUUUGCAUUCUAUCGGUAGAACCACGAAGGGCAGCGAGAUAAUGUGCCUUGAGAUCAGUUCGGACAACGAUCGGAUAGAACGAUCGUCCAUCGUAUUCUCGGCCGGGAUACUACGAGCGGAACCGGUCACGUCGGGAGUACUCUUGCAUCUCGCUUCGUAUCUCCUGGACAACUAUGAAAGGAAUGCCACGAUCGCAAGUUAUAUCGAUGACUUUUCUAUAUACAUAGCUCCGGAUUUUUCGCCCGAUUUUCACACGAACCUCACCUGCGCACCACCGCCAUCGGAUGGUCCACGACAGUUUCCGAUUCACAAUAAACUUGAUAACGAAGCGGCUAUGAUCGCGAAUUGGUUCAAAGACAUUAAUGCUGUGUUGGCCGUUAAUCUGAAUAGUGGAUCGCGGCACAUAGAAAUUCCGUUCGGUCGCGAGUAUGGAACGAUGGACGAACGAAGAUACGAAAGCGCCGACGAGGAUAUACUGCGACAUUUAGCAUCAUUGUAUGCUGAUACGAGAAUAGAUAAGUUGUCCGAAAGCUCGAAAUGCGAGCAAGACUCGAAUAUCGGCGACAAUAGCGUGAUACACGCAGGGAUCGGAAUCGGUAAAAAUCAUCCUUUGAUGGAUUACAUAUAUUUUAAUACAAGUACCUUAAUGAUAGACGUAUAUGUUACCUGCUGCACUACCGACCAUUCGAGCGCCGUAUGGCAGAUGAAUAAAGCAAGUUUACUGGCUUGCAUACAAGAGUUGGACAAAAGCGUAAGAGGAUACGUCACCAAUGAAGACGACGAGCCGUUAAACAAGAACGUCGUUUUGUCUUACGACAGAUCGCCUCACAUGGUUAAAAGCGGCAAAUCGGGCUUCUAUUCCAUUCUACUACCGGCUGGAAAACACAAUAUAACAGCUACGGCGCCUGAAUAUUACGAGGAAACCAAACUCAUCUCUACGUAUUUGUCUGAAAGAAUGAAAUAUUCGAGAUUAAUGUUCAAGCUUAUCCAUGACGACAAUAUUAUAGGGAUACCAAGAUUAGUAUUCAUUAUGAUAACGGGUACAAUAUGCUUCAGCAUCGUCUUGUGCUGCGUAAGUAUUUGUACGAGAUAUCAAUCUUCAAAAGACGAGAUAAACAAAAAAGGAUAUGCAUUCAGUUUAUUGAAAGACGGUGGUAGCUUUUUCGAUGAUGACGAGAAGGAAAUUGUGAUAUUUCGAAGACCAAUAGAUGAGAAUUCACCGAAUAAUAAUGAAAUUACAAGGCCAUAUUUUGACGAUGACAAUAGCUCCGAAGAUGAAAUCAAUUUUAUGCGAAAUUAUUCGGCCUGAACAAGAGCGAUAAAAUACCAAGGUAAACGUGAUAGCAAAUUUUUGUACAAGAAAUUUUUCACAUUGAUAAAUUUAGCAGCUCCGAAAUAAGGAUUAAAUGCAAUUAAACAAAUAUAAAUAAUUGUUUAACUUGUAAAAAUAAGCACUGGGGUCCAAAUAUGCAAUAUGUACUUAUAUAUGUAUUUAUGUAUUAGAUCUGUGCUGAAUUUUUUAAAUAACGCGAGAAAACAUUAUUGAUAUACAAACGUUUUGAUCAU